UUUUCCACAAAUGAUAAAAAGGCCUAUUCUUCAUCGUCUCCUUCUUCUUCUUCCAUUGCCGCCACCCGACCACCAUAUAUCUCGUUCUCUUGAUAGAAGAAAACUGUCCAAAAAAGCUUAAUUUACCUUUUUCUUUUUUGAGAAUCCCAAAUUGUCCCUCACUUUCCACUUCAAAAACACCCCUUUAAGUCAGUUCUUUAUUUUGGCACUUCAAAAGGAACUCAAAAGAACCCAUUUCAAAGCUAUAAUUUUUCUCCUUAAAAAUGAAAUCUUUUUCCAUAAAAUAGAAAAAAAAAAAACUAAUACCCAUUUGGCUAUCUUUUCCAUACAGAUAAGGCUGAUUUGCUUUAAAAAGAAGCGUCAGUUUCUUCAACAGAUCCACCUCCCCUAGUAAAUUCUCCUUUUAGUUCAUUUAUUGUAAUUUUAUUGUUUAAAGAUUUAGUUUUUCCUUCUGGGUUUUUAAUUUUAUUUGUAAUUUUUAUUUUGGCUUGAAAUUGUGGUUCUAGCUUGGUGGGUUCUUUUUAGUUGGUGUAAAGAAUUUGUUGAAUCUUAGGAAAAGUGCAAAAUUUGAGUUUAUCGUAUAGGAAAGUGAAGAUUUUGGCGAAUGGAAUCGAUUUUCGAUUCGAUUUAAGUAGUAAAAGAAGCUAUUUUUACUCUUAAUAUUAGCUAAAGAUUUUUUUUUUUUCAAUUUGUCUUUUGAUUUUUAUGGUUUUUUUUUUCUUUUAUUUGGGUCUUUUUAAUAUAGUUCUUUUCAAAUCUCUAUAGAGAAGGAGAUAGAGUUUGGGGGAGUUUGUCUUAAGGAGUGAGGAGUUUUUGAGGUGGUAGAAGUAAUGGUGUCUAAAAAUGAUCCGAUUGAAUCGAUUUUGAAUUCGAUUCAAUUUAUAAAAGGAGCAUUUUUACCUCUUGAAUUGGGUAUUAAGAAAGUUGCAAAAGAUCUUGAAAGUUGUUGGGGAGUGUCAAAUGAUAAAGGAAAUAAUGUUGAAUUGAUUGCCCCAUUGAAUGGUAGUGAUAGGAAUGGUAAGGUUCAAAUCUUUGGUGUGAAGAAGAGUAGUGGUAGGUUUGGUAGUGGUGUUAAUAAUGGGCAGUGUUUUGUUGGUAGUGAAGAGAGAAAGAAAGGGGCGACUAUUAAGGUUCCCAUCAAGGCUUUUAUGGGAAUGUUUUCCCCAGCAAAUGGGAAGAACAAUGAGAAGGUUGAGGUGGUUAGGGAAGGAUUGAAAGAAAAGGAUGUGGAUAGAGAUGAAGAGACUUGUAUGAAUUGCUUACAGUUUGCUGUGACUUGGUCGGUGUUGGUUAACAACUUUGUCCAGGCAAUACUGAGCUCGUUUAAGUCAGGGAGGAAGAGAAUUCAGAAAAUGGGUGACGAAGAUAAAGGGUGUCUAAAUUCGUAUACUCAUAACAUGAAAUCAAAGGCACCGUUUGAGUUUAAGCAUAGAGAUUCAAGGGCUCAAUUUAUUGCAAAGAAUGAGGGUUUAGAACAUAAUGAUGGGCAUCAUGUAUCAUUUGAAUGCUUUAUAGGGUUCAUAUUUGAUCAGUUGACUCAAAAUCUUCAGAAGUUUGAUCAACUUCUCCAGGAAAGUAAUCGGAAGCAUUGUGAUUGUCCAUCAAUUCCAUCUCUUCCCUAUCAAUUUGAUCAUUUAAAAGCAGCGGCAAGUAUAUGGGAAGGUCGAAAAGUUGAUUUAAAUGGGUUUUUUGGAAAUUCGAUGUUUGCUAGAUUGGGAGGUGUUCCAUCAGGUAUGGUUGGAGUUACUUCUUCAGUGAACGAAGAGGGUGAUGAUGGUGUUAGCGCUUGCAGUACGGAAGAAACAGCUGGUAUCCCACAGAAACUGGCCAGUGGGAUACUUAGCAUUCCUCUAUCAAAUGUGGAGCGUUUGAGGUCCACCUUAUCAACUGUUUCGUUGACGGAACUGAUUGAGCUUCUACCACCUUUGGGCCGCUCUUCACAAGACCACCCUGACAAGAAGAAAUUAUUCUCUGUCCAGGAUUUCUUCAGAUACACAGAGUCUGAAGGGAGGAGGUUCUUUGAAGAACUGGAUAGAGAUGGUGACAGCCAAGUAACUUUAGAAGAUCUUGAAGUUGCUAUGAGAAAAAGAAAAUUGCCUCGGAGAUAUGCUCAGGAAUUUAUGCGUCGCACUAGAAGUAAUCUAUUUUCAAAAUCUUUCGGUUGGAAGCAGUUUUUGUCCUUGAUGGAACAGAAGGAGCCUACCAUUCUUCGAGCUUAUACUUCUCUUUGUUUAAGCAAGUCUGGAACCCUCAAAAAAAGUGAAAUAUUGGCAUCACUUAAAAAUGCUGGACUUCCAGCGAAUGAAGACAAUGCUGUCGUCAUGAUGCGAUUUUUGAAUGCUGACACUGAAGAAUCUAUUUCAUAUGGACACUUCCGAAAUUUUAUGCUUCUUUUGCCUUCAGACCGACUGCUUCAAGAUGAUCCUCGUAAUAUCUGGUUUGAAGCUGCAACCGUUGUUGCUGUUGCACCACCUGUGGAAAUACCUACUGGAAGUGUUCUUAAAUCUGCAUUGGCUGGUGGUCUUUCCUGUGCACUAUCUACAUCUUUAAUGCACCCAGUUGAUACUAUAAAGACUCGGGUGCAAGCAUCAACUCUGACCUUCCCAGAAAUUAUUUCAAAGCUUCCACAAAUUGGAGUGCGGGGGUUGUAUAGGGGUUCAAUCCCUGCAAUUCUUGGACAGUUUUCAAGCCAUGGCCUGCGAACAGGAAUAUUUGAAGCAAGUAAGCUUGUAUUGAUCAAUGUUGCUCCAGACCUCCCUGACAUCCAGGUUCAAUCCAUGGCAUCAUUCUGCAGCACAUUUUUGGGAACAGCAGCACGGAUUCCUUGUGAGGUACUAAAGCAGCGUUUGCAGGCUGGCCUUUUCGACAAUGUCGGGGAAGCUCUUGUUGGUACCUGGCACCAGGAUGGUCUGAAGGGUUUUUUCCGUGGGACCGGGGCCACUCUUUGUCGUGAGGUCCCAUUCUAUGUUGCUGGGAUGGGCCUUUAUGCUGAAUCCAAAAAGCUUGCCCAGCAACUUCUGAGACGGGAACUGGAACCUUGGGAAAUGAUUGCAGUUGGAGCUUUAUCCGGAGGGCUGGCUGCUGUAGUAACUACACCUUUUGAUGUCAUGAAAACUAGAAUGAUGACAGCACCAGGGGGCCGACCCAUAUCAAUGUCAGUGGUAGCCUUUUCUAUUCUCCGUCACGAGGGACCCCUUGGUCUGUUUAAAGGAGCAGUACCCAGGUUUUUCUGGAUUGCUCCCUUAGGUGCCAUGAACUUUGCCGGCUAUGAGUUGGCAAGGAAGGCCAUGGACAAAAAUGAAGACGGGCCUUUGGAUCAAGUCAAGAAAUUGGCUAGUUCUGGAUAGAUACAAGUCCUUCCAAAGUAAGAACAUAAUCUACGGUGGCCUUUGGGUUUUUGUUAGUGGUCAAAGCCAACUGAAUGCUGCUGGAAAUUUUGUUCUUUCCCCCACCAAAACUAACAGCAGCAAGUUCUUCAAAUUUAAUUUGUCGACAACUCCACCUCUUUUUCUAAACAUUGUAAUGUUUCUUGCGGUUUAAGCAUUUUGUAGCCUAGACUUCUUUUGAACUAUAUUUGGUCUGCCAGGGGAGUGGUGGGUCAGAUAUUUUGAUCAGCUCUUGGGUUACAGAAUCGAUUUUUCAUAUUUUGUGUGUACAUUCUUUGUGCAGUAAAUGAUCUUUGUUUCAAUUGUAUUCUUUAAAGUUGUUUCAUAAAUCUUUCUCCCAAAUCCCAAUUGACUUGAUAUUCAGGCAAUAAAAUUUCUUGCACGGGGCAAGAAGCAGUAGACUGUCAUAAAUGAUGGAAUCGAGAAUUAUAGCUUCUCAAGACUUAUUCACGAGUUCUGUUCAUCC